AUAUUAUUAUAAACAGUAGUUCCAUUGGUAGAAUUCAUUCAGAAUUUUGAACACUCCAGCUCAACGCAAGAAUGAACAAGGUGGUGAACAUUGUUGUCCUGGCUCUAACUGCUUUGGUUGUUGCUACAGCAGCAACCAAGCUCAUCACUGGACGCUCCAGUCGCUGGGACCAGAUGAUCCAAGACCAUGAGACAAGACACAAGAGACAAGCUGGGCGAGAGUGGAGAACCGUUGAUGAAUCUUGUGAUGAUCUUGGUGAUGUGACUCGGUUUGACCAGCUUGGAAGACGUAAUUCUGGCCUUCUGGCUCCAGUGGCAAAUCAGGGAGACUGUGGCAGCUGUUGGGCAUUUGCAGCAGCUCAUGCAGUGACUGAUACAAGGAACCUAGCAGCUGGUAGACGAUUGGACCUGCUUUCCGCUCAAUACACGACUCGAUGUGCAACACGUCACCUUGGGUAUGGUUGCUGUGGAGAUAACCCUGGAAGAGCUCUUCUACAAUACCGUGACAUUGGAGCUGUUACGGACAUUUGUAGGCCAUAUGAUCAAACAAGCUCCAGAGCUAAUGUACCAAAAUAUAUAUUAGAUGAUGAAGUAGCAUUGAAGGCCUGGAAAGAAAGAAAUCCUAAAACAUGCUUUGAAGCUUGUGCAGAUGGAUCAGCCUACAAUCUAGGCUCAAUAACAAUUAACAGCUUUUACACUGGAUGCCCACCACUGUACAAUGAUGAUACCAUAAUUAAUGCUCUGAACAAUGGACAUGUCGUGAUACUAGGGUUGAGGACAAGCUACAACUUGAGGCAAAAAUACAAGUGUGGUAUAUAUUCAACAUCCCCAUAUUUUGACGAUGGACUUCAUGCCGUUAUAAUUGUGGACUACGGAACUGCUGAUACUGGAACCAAUUUUUGGGUGCUCAAGAAUAGCUGGGGAAGCGACUAUGGAGAGAGUGGGUACUUCAGAGUUAGGAGGGGACGAGGAGACCUCCAAAUUGGAAGCUACAAUAUAUUUAUUCCAUUACUUUCUCCAGAUCCAGCAUUACCACCGUCAGAAGACUCCACUGCAGAGCUAGAAGAAACAUGCGCAUUGAUGGCUGUUAGCAAUCCAUUCAAUGAUAACUCAACAAUGAGUGCUGUCGAAUUCGCACUAGAAGGUCUUGUUGACGAUCGAAGAGUGCAGUGUCCCAAUGGAGUAGCAGCUACUGGUCUAAGCUUGCUCUCUUUUGACAGUGCAGGUAUCCAAGUGGUGGCUGGUACAAUGGUGGAGUUGAUCGUAGAUGUGAGUCUCGAAGGAUGUGGAGCGACUGUAACAAAAACUCUAGAAUUGACGGUAUUUAUCGAUCUUGAUGGAAUUUUCACCCUCACUGACUACAACAUUGGAGACAGCAGCAUCGGAAACACGGCUAAGAUCCUAACUGCCUCCACACUGCUACUGUUUGCCAUGGUGAUGAUCAACCUCAUGAUCAACAAUUAAAGCAAACUGAUGUAUAUAGCUAGCUGCAUAGUAGAACCCCUAAAAUAACCGCUUCCCUAUAGGUAGGAUAUAUAGAUAACUAUAAUUAUGUUAAUUUCUGAUGUGAUCUUUAUAGAUUCCAAUUGAAUGUUGUGUAGCAAAAGU